CAAACCCCCCUAGCUAGUUCGCUGACUCCCUAAUCCCCCAAGAGAACGACGAUAACCGGCGGCUGCCCUCCGCCGCCGCGCUAGCGAUGAAUCAGCUCCAAGCUACGCCGUUCAAAACACUGACCCUCUCCGGCCGGCGGAGCGCCGGCGCGGCGGCGCGGCCGCGGCGUCCGAUGGUGGCCUUCCGGCCCUCCGCCGCGGCGAGGAGCUACGAAAUUACGCUCCUACCCGGCGACGGCAUCGGACCGGAGGUGGUCGCCGUCGCCAAGGACGCCCUCUCCCUCGUUGGCUCCAAGGAAGGGUUCGAGCUCCGGUUCCAGGAAAUGCUGAUGGGCGGCGCCGCGCUGGACGCUGUCGGCGUGCCGCUCCCCGACGAGACGCUCGCGGCCGCGCGGGCCUCGGACGCCAUCCUCCUCGGAGCGAUAGGAGGGUACAAGUGGGAUAACAAUGAGAAGCAUCUCAAGCCGGAGACCGGGCUGCUCAGCAUCCGUGCCGGGCUUGGCGUCUUUGCCAAUCUGCGGCCGGCCACAGUGUUACCUCAGUUAGUAGAUGCAUCUACUUUGAAGAAGGAGGUAGCUGAAGGAGUUGACAUUAUGGUUGUCAGAGAGCUUACUGGAGGGAUUUACUUCGGCAAACCUAGGGGUUUUGGAACCAAUGACAAGGGAGAGGAAAUUGGCUUCAACACUGAAUUAUAUGCAGUUUCUGAGAUUGAUCGUAUUGCACGUGUUGCAUUUGAAGUUGCUCGGAAGAGAGGAGGGAAACUUUGCUCGGUGGACAAGGCGAAUGUGCUUGAGGCAUCUAUGCUUUGGAGGAAACGGGUAACUGCAAUAGCUUCUGAAUUUCCUGACGUCGAGCUCUCACACAUGUACGUUGAUAAUGCUGCAAUGCAGCUUGUUCGGAAUCCCAAACAGUUUGACACAAUUGUGACAAACAAUAUUUUUGGUGACAUAUUAUCGGACGAAGCAUCAAUGAUCACGGGAAGCAUUGGAAUGCUCCCAUCUGCCAGCGUUGGUGAAUCGGGACCUGGUCUAUUUGAACCUAUCCAUGGCUCUGCCCCUGACAUUGCUGGCCAGGACAAGGCAAACCCAUUAGCUACAAUUCUUAGUGCUGCGAUGCUAUUGAAAUAUGGCCUUGGAUUAGAAAGCGCUGCGAAGAGAAUUGAAGCAGCGGUAACAGCGACACUGGACAAUGGGUUCCGAACUGGGGACAUAUACUCUCCUGGAACGACACUGGUCGGAUGCAAGCGGAUGGGAGAGGAAGUCCUCAAGGCUCUAGAGUCGCAGAAGUAAACUGAUAGCCGUUGGUCGGUGCGUAUGCCUCUGAUAUGGGAUGGUGGAUUGUGCAAUUUUGAUUUUAUUGGCCUGCUCCGCCCUUGUAGUUUGGCGCAGGAAUUUAGGCAACGGAUGUGCUGUUGCUUAAUUGGACAGAUCUUGUCGUGCAACUGGACUGAAUUUUGGUCCCUGGCGAAUAAAAAUGGGCAUGGAAGCUUUCCCUU